GUUUUCUUUAAGAAGUAGUGUUAAGAGUCUCCUUGUGGCUAGCACCAUGUCUCGUGCUCAGGCAGAGAGUGUCAUUAAGAACAUCAUUCGGGAGAUUGCACAGGAGUGUGCCAGCAAAGGCCAGGCAGUCUCCGAGACUCUUGUGGCGUUCAUGGUCAAGGCGGUGGUGUUGGAUCCUGCAAAUGAGUUCAACGUUGAUAGGACGCUGACAAAAGAUGACGUGCAGAAGCUUAUCAAGAUCUGUGUGGAUCGUCUGUUGGACGCACGUUCUGCAGCUCUGGACACAGUGAAAAUGCAGGUGUAUUUUGAUAUGAACUACACUAGUAGAGCUGACUUCCUGGACGAGCACCGUCGUGUCCUAGAGCAGCGUCUUCAGCCAGUCAUCCGUGAGAUCACAGACAGCCGGGCACGCACUCGUGAUGAACUGGAGAGUCUGUACAGGAAGAUUGUGUCUGCUGUGCUGCUACGGUCAGGCCUGGGUUCACCCACCGAUAUAGCCGUCGUAAGAGAGGCAACAGCGGCCCUUCAGAGUGUGUUCCCACAGACUGAGCUAGGGACCUUCAUGUCUCUCGUCAAACGAGACAAGGAGAGACAGCUAGUGGAACUGACCCACAUUGUCACCGGUAUCCGACUCUUCAACAAAGAGUGUGGCAAGGGAGGAGAAGGCAUUGACGAUUUGCCUGCUAUUCUGAAUGAAGCAGUUCCAGCUACCACACAGAAUGUAGAUGCUGCCAUCCAGCGCUCAUGUGAUGUUGCCUUCAAGUACACAGCCUUGAUUGAGAGAAUCAUGGUGGGUGAAGUAAAGGAAGGACCAUCCAUCAAAGCUUUGAAGGAAGCCCUCAUCAACAUACGGCAGCAUGAGUCUUUCCUCAGGAUCAUCCUUAAUGAUGUCAUCAGCUGUGCCCAACAAGUUGAGAUGUUAGAGGCUCAGCUUGGAUCCAGACUAGAGCAGCUUCAGGCUACAGUACAGUCCAAGACAGCCGUCCCUACAGCACAGGUCUAUCCUCAAUUCAUCAAUUUGGCACACAUCUGGAGCGGCUUUCAAGAUGAGAUGGUCCUACUGAGUGUGCUCAGUAAUAUCCUAGCCAGCCUAGAGCCUUUCACCAAGGGUCACAAGGAAGUGUUCACAGCUGAGAUGAUGGCUCCGUUCCUGGAGGGUAUGCAUGUCAGAUCUGACGAGGAAAGAAUCAGAGACACAACAGGUGAGGGACAUCGUGUCAAGCCCUCAGACUUCAAACAUGUGGAGUGGCUGUUCCCUGAGACUACCAAAAACUUUGAAAGGCUCCCUCUACAGUACAGGGGCUAUUGUGGAUGGGCGUUGGCCCAAUUUGACCGCCUUCUGCUUCCAGGCAACCCUGACAUUGGCGUCUUACGUUACAACGAUCGCUACUACGUCUUCUCAUCCAAAGAAGCGGCCUACGAAUUUGCCAGUGACCCCAACAGGUUUAUCAUGCAUGUUGCUGAGUGCGCCAAAGUAUCUCCAGAAUUGAUUCAACUACUGGAACUGCAUGCUCAGUUUGCCACCAUAACACCAUACACACAGGGCAAAGACCAGGGUCAGAUGAUUGAGAAACCAAUCACUAAGUGUGACAUGGGUGUACAGACGGAGGUCCAUCCUAUUGAAUCCAACAUUGUCAAGUCCUAUGAGUGGAAUGAAUGGGAACUGCGCCGGAAAGCCAUCAAGCUGACUAACCUGCGCAACAAAGUGACCCACUCCAUGCAGACCAACCUGAGCAAUAUGAGACGAGAUAACGUGACCCAGGUCUACCUGCCCAAGGACACAGCAAGUCAAACCAAGACAGAUGGAGCCAGCAAUGUGCCCAAGCCCCAGACAUUCCUGGCCGGAUUGCGAGGCGGUCAAACUAAGACCACUGUCAUGACCAAAGUGGACCUCACACUGGACGUUGAUCAAACUUAAACAAAUAAAAACACAACAAGAGUUCAUGUUGACACUUUCACACAGAUCUAGUUUCCAAAAGCGCUUGAAACUUAUCAAAACUGAUCAAAACUGUAGUCAAACCCUCACACGUUAUCCAUUCUCAAGUCAAGUUUCUAGAAAGGCAUCCUCUGUCAUCAUUCAUCCCCUGUUACUUGUGACAUUACUUGUGAUUUGGACUUGUGAUGGACUGGAGUACCAUUCUGUGAAUUUACUGAAGAUAUUUGUGUGGAGUAGAUCCAUAGGACAUGUGAACCUGUCAUUACAAAAGAGGGUCAGUUAUCGUGCUUGAAGUCAUUUCAAGGCACACAGCAAUGGUUAGUGUUCAACUACAUGAAGGUGUUACAUUGUACAGUAAUUUUAAAAGAGUUUGUACAUUUCUGUUUGCUUUAUAUUCGAUGGUGUAAUCAGUAACAAUUUCUAUAUAAAUAAAGUGGAACAGUCUCUCUUCACCGUUGUGAAGGUUUCAUUAUUGAAGAUUGAAAUGUAUACAUUAUCUUUUCUCACAUCAAACAUGACUUGAAUUUCAUUUUUAAAGUGAAAAUAAGUUAUUAUAAAGCAAAGUAAUAUCCACACUGACGGAUUGAUCUCCAAUGAGUAAGAAUUGAGGCUUUGCAUGGUGGAGAUACUUACGAAUGAAAGGUUUGCGGAUCUCCAAUGAAUAAAAAAAGCAUACAACACAUAACCAGAUCGAUCUUCUGUUCAUUGGUUGUCAAAUGUAUUUAAAUAAAAGUGUUUGUCAUUCAGAA